AUGGCUGCUCACAUAAAAGAUGAAGGUACUGCAUUUCUAUGCUUUUUGGAGAGUAAUUCAUCGUUUCAAGGUGCCCUAACCUGCAAAUCCGGUGACGUAUAUUCACUAGCGGGAUCCAAAUCUCACGUUCUGCCUAAUCACAACUUCCACGAAUGCUGCUUUGAUGGGACUCCUCAAUUUUAUUCUAUAGAAAUCGCCCUAACCGACGACUUUGGAAAAAUGUCAUCAGAGCCAGUGCGUAUCGAGAACGUUAUGAGAAUCGGUGGGGACAAUUGCAGCUUGCACCUGGAAGAUGUUUUUGAAUUCAACACUGAUAAACUUAUAGUUGGCAAACAGGCCAGCGAGUAUGUCACCAAGUACUUUCCUAAAAAGUUUGCCAACAAAGAGUGCUAUGUGUGUAUUGGCGAGAUGUCUGUCAAUUUUGUCGACUGCCAAUUGUAA